AUGAAACGAAAUUUCAGCUUCGAGUGCCCAACUGGUAACGAAUUCACAAAAGCUGCACUCUUACAAAGAGUGCUUUUUGUCAAUCAAUUCAUAUUUCCCUAUAAACCAGAUUUACAAUCUUAUUAUAAAUUCGUUCGUUUUGGGUACGACAUUCCGGAAAUAGUACAUCAUUAUCCAAUGGAAGAGGGCCCAGGUCCACAUGAUUUCGUUAUAUUCAACAUAAAUAAUCGAAUAGUGGGCGUAGCCAGCCGCGUUUUUAGUCGAUCAGGCGACGAUAUAUUUUUACCUUGUAAAUUCACGUAA